AUGUCCCCAUAUCAAUCAAGGAUCGCCAUUAUUGGCGCCGGCCCUGCUGGCCUGACUCUCGGUCUUCUCCUCCACAAGCGUGCUAUCCCAUUCACCAUCUUCGAACUCCGCGAAAGGCCCACCGAUGAAGAACUAGCCAAACCAUCCGGGAUGCUAGACCUCCACGAAGAAUCGGGUCUCGCUGCUAUCAGAGAAUGCGGACUAUUCGACCAAUUCCUGCAGCUUACUGGCGAAUGUGCAGAAGCGCAAAAGGUCGCAGAUAUGCAUGGCAAUAUCCUCCAUACGGAUGACGGGGAGUUGAGUGAACGGCCGGAGAUUUCCCGCCAUGCACUCACGAAGCUCUUGGGCGAUUCUUUACCGGUUGAAAAUGUUAAAUGGGGACAUAAACUUCUCUCUGUUACCAACCUCACGGCAGCAGCCGGCAACGACACCGUGCUUGACUUUGGUCCCCAUGGUAAAUAUGCGUUCGAUCUAGUCAUCGGAGCCGAUGGUGCGUGGUCUCGAGUCCGCAACUUAUUAACGGACGUGAAGCCGCAUUAUACAGGAACACAGAGCAUCACCACAACUAUUCACCAUAUCACGAACAAGUACCCGCACCUGGCAGCACUCGUCGGCCACGGCAGCUUCUCAGCACUAGGCCUCCGGCACGGCGUCAUGGCGCAGCGUGGACCGCAGGACUCAGCCCGUAUCUAUAUCUUCCUAACGACAGCGGACGAAAACUUCGCCAUUUCAUCAGGAAUAGCAGGACAGACAGCCGCGGACGCCAAGAACCGUCUUCUAAGCGACGACACGCUGCUUGGUCGCUUUGGUCCCGUCAUCAAGGAGCUAGUGAGAGUCGCGUGCGACGAGGAAUCUAUGGACAACCCGGGUGCGGCUGUGGACACCAAGCCGCUGUAUACGCUGCCGAUUGGGACUUUAUGGGAGCAUAACGAUAGCGCAACGCUGAUCGGGGAUGCGGCGCAUUUGAUGUGUCCGUGGGCUGGCGAGGGUGUCAACCUAGCUAUGUUGGACUCCCUCUUGCUAUCCCGUGCUGUCAUUAAGGCACAUGAGACUGCCAGGCGUAAUUCUGUCUUGUUCAAAGACACACUAGAUGCAUUGAUGAAGGAGUUCGAGAAAGACAUGGUGAUGCGCUCGAAGGAAAAAGCGGAAGAGACAUACAGCAACGGGCAAAUGCUGUUUGGUGAGGACGGGGCGAAGGCUUUUGCUGAUUUUUUCCUCGUGGUCUAUCAGCACGUUGAGGGGUUCAGGCCACUUCCUAGGCAAUUGUGA